GUGUCACUUCUGCCCCAUCAGAGGAGAGCUUUGGCUUGGCUGCUCUGGAGGGAAGCACAGAAUCCCUGUGGAGGAAUUCUAGCGGAUGAUAUGGGUUUGGGAAAAACCCUCACUAUGAUUGCUCUCAUACUGGCAAAGAAGAUGAGAGCAGAAGAAAAGGAGAAUCUGGAGACCUGGCUGACUAAAUCUGAUUCUGACAUAGUUGCCUCUAAGAGCACUCUGAUCAUCUGUCCGGCCUCCCUGAUUCACCACUGGAAGAAUGAGAUCGACAGACAUGUAAAGAGAGGAAAGCUAACGGUGUAUCUGUACCACGGCACCAACCGCGAGAAAAGUGCCAGAGUGUGA